AUGGCAAAUCAAAAUGUUAAUAAUGAAGAACACCUAAAAUUAUUUCCGCUUACUAUAACCGUUAUAUCAGCAAAACUGCAUGGCGUUAGAGGGUUAUUUAGUAAACCACCUGAUGUUUAUAUCGAAUUAGUGGUGGAUUCUUCGCUUUCUGUAAAGACAACAAUUAAGAAGAAAACGAGUACACCCAUUUGGGAUGAAGAAUUUUUGGUUCAAGUUAAUGAAAUGUCAGUUAUCGAUUUUCGGAUUUUUGCCAGGUCAAAAUUGUUUGAAGAUUCUUUGAUUGGUCAAAAAUGUUUGAAAAUGUCACACGCACUGAAAAAAGAAUCUGACAAUGGAAAAUUUGAUAUGACGAAGAUAACAUUACAUGUGAAUUCAUCAAAGGAUAAUAGUAAAUCUGGUGAACUUAAAAUAUCACUUAAUGGAGUCAUCGAACGUCAGAAGAAAAGAAGCGCUGGAAGUAAUCGAGGGCUUGAAGGAUAUGGUGGAGAGGCAUCAACAUCUAACAAUAUAAAUAUAACAAAUGGUUCUAUUGCCGGCUCAUCGAAUGGAACUGCGUUAACAAAUACAUGUCGUAGAAACAACUCGAACAAAACUCGUGAUACCAUGUUGUCUCAAACUGGCACUUCCAGUAGUUCCAAUACUUCUGAAGAGCCGCUUCCCGAAGGCUGGGAAUUGCGCUAUGAUGCAUUUGGUCGAAAAUAUUAUGUUGAUCAUACCACUAAAAGUACUACUUGGGAACGGCCAAGCACAACUCCGUUGCCUUCUGGAUGGGAGAUGCGGCGUGACCCUCGUGGACGAGUAUAUUAUGUUGACCAUAAUACUCGAACAACAACAUGGCAAAGACCAACUGCAGAUAUGUUGCAAGCUCGUGACUUAUGGCAGUCUAAUAGAGAUCAAGCCAUGCACCAGUGGGAGCAAAGAUAUUUGUUGCAGUCAAAUGCAAUGAUUGCAAAUGAUGAUCCAUUGGGACCAUUGCCUAAUGGAUGGGAAAAACGAGCUGACCCUAGCACUGGUCGUAUUUACUUUGUUAAUCAUGUCAAUAGAACUACACAGUGGGAGGAUCCACGAACCCAAGGUAUAUCCGAUGAACCAUUGCCUGAGGGUUGGGAAAUCAGAUUUACUGAACAGGGUGUGCCGUUCUUUAUUGAUCAUAAUACGAAGUCGACCACCUAUAAUGAUCCGAGAACAGGAAAGCCAGUUGGACCUAUGGCUGUACAAGGAAUGAUGAGUUUUGAAAGGACAUUCAGAUGGAAAAUAGCACAAUUUCGAUACCUUUGCUUGUCGAAUAGUGUCCCUAACCACGUGAAAAUAAUCGUUUCUCGCAGUAAUCUAUUUGAAGACUCGUUUCAAGAGAUUAUGCGCAAAAAUGCAGUAGAUUUGCGUCGGCGAUUAUAUAUCCAAUUCCGUGGCGAGGAAGGACUCGAUUAUGGAGGUGUUGCGAGAGAAUGGUUUUUUCUACUUUCGCAUGAAGUUUUAAAUCCUAUGUAUUGCCUGUUUAUGUAUGCUGGCGCGAACAACUAUAGUCUGCAAAUCAAUCCUGCUUCAUUUAUCAAUCCUGAUCAUUUAAAAUAUUUUGAAUACAUUGGGCGGUUUAUCGCAAUGGCACUAUUUCAUGGCAAAUUCAUUUAUAGCGGUUUUACAAUGCCUUUUUAUAAGAAAAUGCUAAAUAAAAAAUUGACUCUGAAAGAUCUGGAAAGUAUCGAUGCUGAAUUUUAUAAUAGUCUCAUGUGGAUUAAGGAAAACAAUAUUGAUGAAUGUGAUAUGGAAUUAUAUUUUGUGGCGGAUUACGAACUUUUAGGAGAGAUUCGUACUCACGAAUUAAAAGAUGAUGGUGCCGACUUGAAAGUAUGCGAAGAGAAUAAAGAUGAAUAUUUGGAGUUGUUAAUGGAAUGGCGCUUCAAUCGUGGAAUAGAACAACAGACUCGUGCUUUCUUUAAUGGUUUCAACUCAGUCUUUCCUCUCGAAUGGCUUUUGUACUUUGAUGAACGCGAAUUAGAACUGCUUCUUUGUGGCAUGCAAGAUGUGGACGUUGAUGAUUGGCAAAGAAAUACUGUGUAUAGACAUUAUGCUCCACAAAGCAAACAAAUCGUGUGGUUUUGGCAGUUUGUACGUUCACUUGAUCAGGAGAAACGUGCUAGGCUACUCCAAUUUGUCACUGGAACAUGUCGUGUACCUGUUGGAGGUUUCUCGGAAUUAAUUGGUUCAACAGGUCCACAAUUAUUCUGCAUUGAACGGGUUGGAAAAGAAAACUGGUUACCUCGUUCUCAUACAUGUUUCAAUCGCCUCGAUCUUCCACCAUAUCGUUCUUACGAGCAGUUGGCUGAAAAACUAACUCGUGCCAUCGAUGAGACUGAAGGAUUUGGUAAUGAAUGA